CUCCCUUGCCCUAGCUGGCUAGCCUCUUCUCCUCCACACACGCGCCGCGACGCCAGCGACACCGCGCCGCUACAUGAUCGAUCGACCUCGAGCUCGUGCCUCCCUACUUGCACAAACCAACAAGCCGCGCGCCACCACACAGCCCAGGACUCCAGGAGUGGUGGUGGUGCUAGGUAGCUAGCUAGUAGUAGUUUUUCUUUAGCUAGCUAGCUUGGGCGCGCGCGCGCGCGGCGGCAUGUCGGCGGCGUCGGGCGCCGCGUGCGGGGUGUGUGGGGGAGGGGUGGGGGAGUGCGGGUGCCUGCUGCAUCAGCGGCGUGGGGGAGGCGGUGGUGGUGGAGGUGGAGGGGUGAGGUGCGGGAUCGCGGCGGACCUGAACCGGGGGUUUCCGGCGAUCUUUCAGGGGGUGGGGGUGGAGGAGACGGCGGUGGAAGGGGAUGGAGGAGCCCAGCCGGCGGCCGGGCUGCAGGAGUUCCAGUUCUUCGGCCACGACGACCACGACAGCGUCGCGUGGCUCUUCAACGACCCGGCGCCGCCCGGCGGGACGGACCACCAGCUUCACCGCCAAACCGCGCCCAUGGCGGUCGGCAACGGCGCGGCGGCGGCGCAGCAGCGGCAGGCGUUCGACGCGUACGCGCAGUACCAGCCGGGGCACGGGCUCACGUUCGACGUGCCGCUCACCCGAGGCGAGGCCGCCGCCGCGGUGCUCGAGGCCAGCCUCGGCCUCGGCGGCGCCGGCGCCGGCGGCAGGAACCCGGCGACGUCGAGCAGCACAAUCAUGUCCUUCUGUGGGAGCACGUUCACUGACGCCGUGAGCUCCAUCCCGAAAGAUCACGCGGCGGCGGCGGCGGUCGUUGCCAACGGCGGCCUGAGCGGCGGCGGCGGCGACCCGGCGAUGGACCGGGAGGCGAAGGUGAUGCGGUACAAGGAGAAGAGGAAGCGGAGGCGAUACGAGAAGCAGAUCCGGUACGCCUCGCGCAAGGCCUACGCCGAGAUGCGGCCGCGCGUGAAGGGCCGCUUCGCCAAGGUGCCCGACGGCGAGCUGGACGGCGCGACACCGCCGCCGCCGUCCUCCGCCGCCGGCGGCGGCUACGAGCCCGGCCGGCUCGACCUCGGAUGGUUCCGUUCGUAGCUAGCAGCCUAGCACUAUAAUAGCAGAUCAUUAUUUCUCUCUUUGUAUACGUACUCUACGUACAUAGGCCAAGCAUGCAUUGACUAGCUAGGCUAUUGGUUGAAAAGUUUAAGGUUUAAUUAAGGUAGAUAUAUAUGGCAACAAGUAUAUAUAUGUGAUUUACUUGUCUUACUGAAGAACUAGCAUGGUGACCCGCGCAGAUUGCUCGGCUAGCAUCAUUAUAUUUUCUCUCAUAUAAUAGCAUAUAUGUUUUCUCAUUA